GCAUAGCCCCACCGGAAAAGGUGGCUGGUUGGGGUGGAGUUGGCGCGAGAUAGGAAAGUGCCUUUUGGAGUCCCGGGCGGGCGCGAGUAGGAUUGCAGCUCCAUCAACCUAGCUACGCGCGCUAUUCAUGGGGGUCUUUUAAGCGGCAUCCCCCGCCCAGCAGUGGUUCACUACUGUAAUAUCUGUCAGUCUCUUCAUUCUCUUGGAAGUUUAUUAGAAUACCCUUGCUUUUGCACUAUUUUAAUGCGGGAAAGGACAGGAUGUCUCGCAGGGCUCACUGUGAAGAGCAAGAUGAACUGCAUUGCCAGGAUUCAGAUGUACCUGAGCGGCGGGAUAACAAGUGCAAAGUCAAGUGGUCACGUGAAGAGGAUGAACUACUGAAUUCACUGGUGACGCAGUUUGGACAUGACUGGAAGUUCCUAGCAAGUCACUUUCCUAACCGCACAGAACAGCAGUGUCAAUACCGCUGGCUAAGGGUACUAAACCCUGUCUUGGUUAAAGGUCCUUGGACUAAGCAUGAAGAUCAGAAGGUAAUUGAGUUGGUGAAAAAAUAUGGGACAAAGCAAUGGACACUCAUAGCCAAGCACUUGAAAGGCAGGCUGGGGAAGCAGUGUCGGGAGCGCUGGCAUAACCACCUGAACCCAGAGGUGAAAAAGUCAUCGUGGACAGAGGAGGAAGACCGUAUAAUCUGCGAGGCUCACAAAGUCCUGGGUAACCGAUGGGCUGAGAUUGCUAAGCUGCUGCCUGGAAGGACUGACAAUGCUGUGAAAAACCACUGGAAUUCCACAAUCAAAAGGAAGGUGGACACGGGAAGCUUUUUUAGUGAAACAAAAGAAUCCAAGCCACUCUAUGUGCUGGUGGAGGUAGAAGGCAAAGAAAGCCAACCUGUACAGGAAGCUGAAAAUCAGCAAACCUUUUUAACCAACUGGCCUGUUCAGUCUCUGGAAAUAAAAGAGGAGGAAGUCAAUGAUGAAGAGCCAGUUGGCUUGCAGAAGCUGCCUUCUGAGGAACUCCCUGAAGGCCUGGCAGAGGACGAUGCCAAGGGAACAUCGGAAAACACAGUGCCUGACAGUGCUCUGGAGGAAGGCUCUUCUCCGUACAUGUGGGUGGUUGAAGCGGGAAGCUACUUGUGCACCACUGCUGUCCCAUCCAUUACAGAAGCUCUGGAUAUGAUUGAAUCUGACCCAGAUGGCUGGUGUGAUCUAACACAGUUUGACCUGCCUGAGGACCCAUCUGCAAGUGGCAGCAACAGCCCGGAUAGGCAAACCUCCAUCAAGCCUUAUUCUUCCUCGCAGAAUGUGACAGAAUACCGUUUGGAUGGACACACCAUUUCAGAUCUCAGCAAAGGCAGCAAGGGCGAGCUCAUUCCCAUCUCCCCACGCACAGACAUGAGCUUUGGUACGCCACCUUCUGUACUGAAGCGGCAGAAGAAGAGGAGAAUUACCCUCUCUCCGGUCACAGAGGGUGGCACCAGCACCAACCUCUCCUUUCUGGACUCCUGUAACAGCAUGACACCCAAAAGCACACCUGUCAAGACACUGCCAUUCUCCCCUUCACAGUUCCUGAAUUUCUGGACCAAACAAGACACUCUUGACUUUGAGAACCCCUCCUUAACCUCCACACCAGUGUGCAGCCAGAAGGUGAUAGUGACCACUCCGCUCCAUAGAGACAAAACACCAUUGCUCCAGAAAAAUUCUGUAUUUGCAACACCUAAUCAAAAAUAUCUAGCAGACAACACACCUCAUACACCCACCCCUUUCAAAAAUGCACUGGAGAAGUAUGGACCAAUGAGACCUUUGCCACAAACUCCUAACCUGGAAGAGGAUUUGAAGGAGGUACUACGGACUGAGGCUGGUAUUGAGCUGAUCAUAGAAGACGAUGUGAAGCCAGAGAAGCAGAAGAGAAAACAAGGCUUGCACAGGAGUCCCAUCAAGAAGGUCAGGAAAUCUCUUGCAUUGGACAUUGUGGAUGAAGACUUGAAGCUGACAGUUUCGACCACGGCCAAGCCUGGGUGCUUCAAAAGAGCUCCGUCUGUGAGCUUCCUUUCGCAGUCCCUAAACCUCUCUUUGUCAAGUAGCAAGAAUGACAGCAGCCUGCUCAACAGAGGGUUUGUGCAUGUGAAGGCUGAGAAGACUCCAUCUUCUAAGAGAAUCCAAAGCAAAUACAGACCACCUGCUCUGAUGUCCAGUGCCUGGAAAACAGUUGCGUGUGGUGGCUCUAGAGACCAGCAAAUCAUGCAAGACAAAGCUCGGCGGGUCUUGGGCGUGUUGAAACAGAACCACACAUCACGGACGUUAAUCUUAUCGUGAAGGACACUGUAACCUUUUGUAGUGUCUCCCCGUAUGGACGUGGGCAGGGGGUGGGAAGACAAAAUAUAGGACAACUUCCUUCAGCAAAAUAAUACAUCCCCCAUCUACCUCCCCUUUACAGUCCCUGCACGCUCUAAAAUAUAUCCUUGUUUUAAUACAUAGCUCUCAAUUCCAGGUUUUUAAGAGGGUAUAGAGUGUGAAAGUGAUGUACAGAAGGAUAAACGUCAGGAGUUGGCAACAGACCCAUGUUGUUAGAGCUGAGACAUACCUGCUUUUCGCAUCAGUCCUUCCCUUCCUCCUCUUUUGUUUCUGUAAGUAGGCAGUGACAGCUCUAUUGUCUUUGCCUUCGAUUGGCCGGCGAGGGGCAGAAGAGGUGGAUCAACUCGUGAAAAGAAAGCCCUGGACUUUGGAUUAAGUUUUGCCUUGUUUGGGAUCCUUAAAUGCAGCCCUCUGGAGUCCCUGCCUUCUCCAACUGGCUUUCUUGGGCUUCUAUCAAAUAGUAACAGGCAGUGGAUUGGAACAGAGGAGAAAGAAGAAGACGACACGCAUUGGAGGAGGUCUGCUAUCUAUUCACUAGACUGAAGGAAUUGUGAACUGGAAUGUGGUCUGUUGCACUAUGUAAGAGUAGGCAUCAAAAUCUCUUUUCUAGAUUGCUGUGGUCUAAUAAUAAAAUCACCUCUAAAGCUA